AUGUCUUCAACCGGUGGAGGAUGGGCGCAACUGCGCCAGCAAGCGCGCACUCUUGAGCAACAAACAGAAACGCUGUUUCAUACGUAUUCACAGUUCGGAUCAACGCCAAACGUUCCCGCAAAGCCAUCAGAAGAGGAACUGCGAGUAGAGACACGGUUACAAGAAGUCCUCGAACAGAGAGACACCCUCGUCGGCCAGCUAUCACGACUUCUCGACUCCGAGUCAGCACACUCCUCGUCCGCUGUAAAGCAGAACAAUCUCGCCAGACAUCGUGAGAUACUAUCAGACCACCGCCGCGAACUCGCCCGCCUCAAGUCUACCAUUAGCGAUGCACGCAACAGAGCGAACCUACUUUCAAACGUCCGCUCAGACAUUGAUGCAUACCGCUCGGCGAACCCCGGUCAGGCGGAAGCAGACUACAUGCUCGACGAGCGGCAGCGUAUCGAUAACUCACACACCGUUGCCGACUCUGUCCUGAGCCAAGCGUAUGCGGUGCAAGAGAACUUUGGGCUGCAACGAGAAACGCUAGCGAACGUCAAUCGCAGAAUAGUGGGCGCCGCGAGCCAAGUCCCGGGGAUCAAUAGCUUAAUAGGUAGAAUUGGCACAAAGAAGAGGAGGGACGGAAUCAUAUUAGGUGGCUUCAUUGCUUUCUGCUUCUUGAUGGUAUUAUGGUUCCGAUGA